GCUGCCAAUUAUCUGAACAUCAAGAGUUUACUGGAUCUCACUUGUCAGACAGUGGCUGACAUGAUCAAGGGCAAAACUCCAGAGGAGAUACGCAAAACGUUCAACAUCAAGAAUGAUUUCACACCAGAGGAAGAAGAGGAAGUUCGGAGAGAGAACCAGUGGGCCUUCGAGUGAAAAGACCAUGAAAAAUUGUAUCUUUAUUCCUAGUUACCUUCUUGUGUUAGACCUGGGUGUUUAGGGAUUACUUGUUUUGCAAGCACUUGUCUUCUUAUUUGCUCCAUUCCGUACCUGAACCUAUCGGGAAACUCUAAUAUUUGUUCCAAACCCUUUGUUAUGUCAAUAUGGUUAUUGCUGUUCUUUCAAUAUAAAUUUGUGCUUUAAAUUA